AUGACGCGCAUCCUCGUCGAGGUGCUGGGCGCCGAAGAGGUCUACGCAAGCGGCGAGGAAACGUUCUCGCUGUCGCGCGAGAAGUUCUUUCUGGCCGGAGGCGUCUGGAUCGCGAUCAUGGAGGGCGAGCGCCGGUGCGAGCGCAGCUACGACCAUGUCGCCUUCAAGAUUGACGAGGCCGAUUUCGAUGCCUGCGUGGAGCGCGUCCGCCGACUGGGCCUCGACAUGAAGCCGCCGCGCCCCCGCGUUCCCGGCGAAGGCCGCUCAAUCUACUUCUACGACGAGGACGACCACAUGUUCGAGCUUCAUACGGGUACGCUGGCCGAACGUCUGGCGCGCUACGCGAAGGGAAGAAGGGCCGCUGAAUGA